GCCUUCUGUUUGGAUCCGGAGGUGGAACGGAUGCGUUGUGCCUUUGUGGGCAAGUGAGCCCUUCCUCAGGUCUGAAAUGGAGGCAGCACCUUCCCGAGCCCUCCUCUGUAAGGAGGCCAAUGAGGUGCUAUGAGCAGGAAAACACCGGAUGAUUAGUGGAGGUCACAGCUUGCAAAACAGCUGCUGCCUUCCUGCUGUCUCAACCUGACCUUCGGGAAGUCACUCCUAAGUUUGGAGAGGAAACUUUACCUCACAGCUUUUGAGCUGUUCUGAAAGCCAAAGUUGUUACUCUAGCGCUGGUUUUGUGGCUUGCUGUAAUCUCUGCAUGAGCCGCAGGCACAAAUUACCUUUACUCACCCCACUUCAGCUCCUAGUACUGUCUGCUGCCACUUUCAGAGACAGUGGCAGCUACAGAUCAGAGGACAGCUAGAUCUCUGUGUUCGUGGUUUCCAACCCAACAAACGUGUUGGGCUGCCCGUUGUUCUCCAGCCAAACCUGCAUGUCACCAGACUGCUCCCAUCUAUGGGACUCCUGCACAGAGCCUGAGGGUGUCACGGGUGCUGCCUGCCUGUUGGUUGGGCGCUGCCCUUGGUCAAUAGGAUCUGCUUGGCCAGGCAGCCUGCUGAAGGACCUUCUGGCCUGAGGAUAUUUGGCUUUCUUUCCCUCUUGCUUUUGUGCUUUUCGUGGAAGCCUCAGGUUACUAUAUGCAUUCUUCAUGUGAUGUAGGGACCUGUAAACAACCGGAAAAUGGUUCUGCUGCCAGUGUAGGCUCCUGAGGGAGGACAGGAGUGAGACUGCAUCAACAUGUCUCUCUAUCCUUCCUUGGAAGAUCUGAAGGUGGACAAAGUUAUUCAGGCUCAGACUGCCUUCUCUUCAAAUCCAGCUAAUCCAGCAAUCUUGUCUGAAGCUUCUGCUCCUAUCCCUCACGAUGGAGGCUUGUACCCCAGAUUAUAUCCAGAACUUUCUCAGUAUAUGGGUCUGAGCCUCAAUGAAGAAGAGGUGCAGAGAAACUUGCCAGUUGCUCAGCCACAAGGUCAACUGGUAUCACGACCUCCUGCUAAUUAUAUGGUAGCUCCAGUGACUGGAAAUGAUAUUGGAGUUCGCCGAGCAGAAAUUAAGCAGGGCAUCCGUGAAACGAUUUUGUGUAAAGAUCAAGACGGAAAAAUUGGACUUCGCCUGAAGUCUGUUGACAACGGAAUAUUUGUUCAAUUAGUCCAAGCAAACUCUCCAGCGUCUCUAGCUGGCCUGCGGUUUGGGGACCAAGUUCUGCAGAUCAAUGGUGAAAACUGUGCAGGGUGGAGUUCUGAUAAAGCACACAAAGUUCUGAAACAGGCUUCCGGGGAGAGGAUUUCAAUGAUCAUUCGGGACAGGCCUUUUGAACGUAUUAUUACUAUGCAUAAGGACAGCACAGGGCAUGUUGGUUUCAUAUUCAAGAAUGGAAAAAUAACCUCGAUAGUGAAAGACAGCUCUGCUGCAAGAAAUGGACUUCUUACAGAGCACAACAUUUGUGAAAUUAAUGGCCAGAAUGUAAUUGGAUUGAAGGACCCUCAGAUUGCAGACAUCUUGGCAACAGCUGGGAAUGUAGUGACAAUUACCAUCAUGCCUUCAAGUAUUUAUGAGUAUAUAAUAAAGAGGAUGGCAACAAGCAUCAUGAAAAGCCUCAUGGAUCACUCUGUUCCUGAAGUCUAAACCUCUCUCUUGCAUGUGUGUGUACAUGUAUAAUGAGAAUUCCGCUCAACUUGGCCUAUCAUACUCAGUGAUUUCUUUCUUCUGCACAUGAGCCUUUCUGGAGGCCAGGAGAAGUUAUGCUGUGUCAAGCACUUGCAUCUGUCAUGGCUGGCAAUGUUACAGUUCAACAUAUCUCGUUUAUCUGCAAACUGUAAAACUUGUAGCCUUAUAUGCUUGACAAACGUGAAAUUCCAAUUAUGUUAGGACUUCUUUUCAUAGGUCUCUUCCUUAGUUUACUACGAUGAUAAGCCAUGCAACUGAAGGAACCAGAUGUAACUUGCAAAGUUAAGUGUUGUUAACUAGGGCAAUGCUGUGCUUUGUACAUUUAAGAGAAAAACCAAGUAUUUUUACUGCUUUCUGUUUGCAAGAGUAGAUUUGAGAUAGCACGUUAGAAGUAUGGCUAGUAGUAGCUUAUUUUUUGUUCCAGUAAAUACUGUUUACACAAGAAUGCCAGCUAGGCUGAGUAUAGCUGAAGGCAUCACUCGCUAAGUAUAAUGAAAAGUAGUGUACAGAUAAUCAAAUCUUUUUAUUACUUGUUAUACAAAUUGUAACUAAUAUGCUUAUCUCUCGCCUUAACCAAGUUCUUAAGGAUUCAGAAGUAACGACAAUAAACGACUGAAACUUUA